ACUAAGCAACUCAACAUGAAGCUUGUGAUCCUCGCUGCCCUUCUUGGCCUGACCCUCGCCGCUCCAGAGUACAUCAACGGAGCGCCGCCCCUCCCCGAGGACGACUCUAGCAGCGAGGAAGACAACAGCGAGCUGGUUCCCAUUCUUAAGUACGACCGUAUCCAAGAGGAGGAUGGGAGGUUCAAUGUGGACGUGGAGACUGGCAAUGGCAUUCUUCUCUCCGAGUCUGGCGCUCCCAAGGGACCCGACGGCGCCGUGGUGAAGGCUGGACAGUACUCGUACACUGCUCCUGACGGUACUGUGGUUGAGAUGAAAUUCGUGGCUGACGAGAACGGCUUCCAACCUGAGUCUGCCCUGCUGCCCGUGGCCCCUGAGUUCCCGCACCCCAUCCCUCAGUUCGUGCUGGACCAGAUCGCCUUUGCUGCCGCCCAGAAAGCCGCCGAGGAAGCUGCUGAGGAGGAGGAGGAAGAGGACACUGCUUCAUCUGAGGAACAGCUUUCUGCUCCUGCCCCGGCCUUAGCUCUUCCUUACCCUUAUGCUGCCCCUGCUCCUCUCCCUGCUCCAGCACCCGUCCUUACUCCUCUCCCUGCUCCCGCCCCUGCUCCUGCCCCUGCUCCUGCUCCAGCCCCUGCUCCUGCUCCAUCUCCAGCCCCUGUCACUGCGUAUGGAAGGCCCAACUAGUCGAUGAUGCAGCCAGUCUCUGUCUUAACCUGAAUAAUAAAGUGGAAUGUAACGUU